UUAAAACAUAGUGAAACUUGGGAAAAUCCCAAAUUAAGUUCAUGAAAUCUUUGGUAUCUACAUCCCAAGCAAAGAUAUCUUAUUGUUUCCGAGAAAUUUUUCGGAAGAUUAUUGCAGUACUCUUAAACUUAACGUUGAUGAUAUUGAGCCCAUAAAGUACUACAUGUGUGGGGACGAAUACUGUGUUAAUGAAUGUUCCAGCCAUUAUUUGAGCACAUCCGUACAUGAUAAAUGUGCGAGGUGUGGGAGUCGUUAUGACCGUCCAGUUUUCCCAAAGUCUUUUGUUAAAGGAUUUGUUAACAAUGUUGCUACUUUUGUCAUUACUGAUGGUUUGUUUAUCAUGCCAAACUCUAUGGUUUAUCCAAGUUUUUCUCUGCUACAGAAUUCUGGAAUAGAUACAUGUUCUGCAAAAGAAUUGACCUUAAAUGUCAAUGAGGAAAAGGUACUCGAUCUUCUAAAGUGUGCUUUGGUUUCUCAGUCGCCUUUGACGGAUGUGUUUCUAAGAGAGAAACCGUCCAUCGAGAGGUAUUGGUGUUCCUCACGUGGUUUCGGAAACAGUGAUCAUAUUAAAAUCACCCUGCAGCUUGUUAUAAGUAAAUCAAAAAGAAAGAUAUUGUUUGCUCACGGGGAGCAAGAUUUUGUAGAUUUACUAUUAAGUUUUCUCACAUUUCCUUUGGGAGGUGUUGUGCGGAAGUUAGGAGGAUAUAGUUCUAUAGCCAACAUUGAUAGAAUGUAUGCUAGUAUAGUUGAAUUAGAUGAAAACAAGUAUUUGAUGUCAAAAGAAGCAAAGAUGAGACUCGUUGAUCCUCACGUGGUCUCGAAGUUCAAAUCAAACAAGAAGAUAUUGCCAACAGUCGAGCCACGUCAGUACUUAUAUUGUCAUUAUAGAGGUGAAAGUUACAAAAAGAGUAUUAUCAAUGGUCAAUUUUUCAUAACCAAUGAAUAUAGGAGUGAUGACAGAAAAUGUGUAGAGAUGCCCCUAGUUAAGUCCCAAAAAUGUUGCGCAAUUGAAGAAGGUUAUGUGAAGGGACCAAGAACAUAUCUAAUUACAGAUGAUUUGGUAAUUGGACCUUCAUCUCCAAUUUCAGCUCUAUUGUUAACCAAUCGUUUGCAAAUUCCUCUUGAUGACUUGAAGGAAAAGGUUGUCAUGAUUGGCUUGAAGGAGUGUCUCAACAUAUUGAAAGCUGCUUUGACCACAACAUCGGCUCUAACUAAUGGUCUUAGCCACUUGUUAACUGUUACUGAGAAGAAUUAACAAUCGUUAUCAUUGGCUGCACUUGGUACGUGUGGACUAAUUGGUUAAGAAAUUAAUAUCCCUCUCUCCUUAUGAGCCGGGAAGCUUUCUAGAAUUCCUCUUAGAUUUUCAGCUAGUACUUCAUUUUUCAAUUGGUUUUAUAUCAUAUUCAUCGGUUUUCCCUAAAUUGUGUAUUUGUACUUGUUGAAUC